AUGUCUGGAGUCAAAGGAGGUCACAAGGAUCAACCAAAAGAUGUUGGUCAUUAUGAGAAGCACCACCACCACCAUCAUGCGGACAAACAGAGUAAGUUAUUCACUAUGAAAAAUAAAUAAAUAGAAAAAUGACUUGCAUUCAGUCUUUUUCUAAAGCUGAUACAUUUGCACCUUGUAGAUAUAUCUUUCAGUUUUGAAUGUAUUUUGCUUUUUGAGCAAAAAUGUCAAAUAUGUCCCUUACAUUUUACAAUCCCCCUUUGUUGUGAAGGUUUGGCUCUGUCAUAGCUAUGGCUACGAUGUUUGUUUAUGGCCCACCAUAUUGUUUGCAGAUGGAGAUACUUUGCAGUUCCAUACUAAUUGCUAGACUUGAAACGUGAAUUCCUAUUGGACAGCUGGCUUUAUGCAUUUGAAUUUGAACAUCACAACAAGGUCAUUCAGUAAAAUGAAUGCCUUGCCCGCUCUGAACAAAUUUGUCUAUGCCCCCCCCCCUGCCCUUAGACCCCCUAUAAAAGUUUAAAACUCACCUUAUUUCCAGCUGGCUCCGUCCCUUUUGUGACAUCAUGAGGAAAAUUCAGCGUCUCCAUGCAGAGCUUGGGGACGCUGCACGUCAGGGCUGCUUUUUCGCCAGCACUGACCCAGAAAGCACCUGAAGUGGCAAUCUAUCGAGUGGCCACUUGGAGGUGUCCCUAGGGGCAAUGUAAACACUACCUUUUCUCUGAAAAUGCAGUGUUUGCAUUUAAAAAGCCUGAAGUGAACUAUUACACUCACCAGAACAACUACAUUACGCUGUAGUUGUUCUGGUGACUAUAGUGUUUGUUUAAACUAUGAUGAUAUAUUACUGAAAUUAUUUUUGUAUUUUUAUGAAGUUGAAAUAUGUGUAUGUGGUUUUGUCAUUAAUAGACACAGUGACACCUGUGGCACCUCAGCCAACUGCAUGCCAGCCAGCUGUAAGCCAACCAGCACCGUGUCAGCCCGCUGUGAGCCAACCAACCCCGUGUCAGCCAGCUGUGACCCAACCAACCCCGUGUCAGCCAGCUGUGAGCCAACCAACCCCAUGUCAGCCAGCUGUGAGCCAACCAGCCCAGUAUCAGCCAGCUGUGAGCCAACCAACCCAGUAUCAGCCAGCUGUGAGCCAACCAGCCAGUCAAGUGAAGUCAGGAUGCAAGAAAUAA